GCCAGAGGUGACGUAUACUAUCAGGAAGUGGAGUGGUGGCUAACUAUCUAGCAUGGCAGCGAUUUCAAAAUGAAACUACACGAAAAGCCAAGACUUCUAAAUAUAAACGUUCUGACAACACUGGCAUUUAUCUCACAGGACUUCAUGAGGAGCUCAGACCAGCUAGAGGACUAAAAAAUGGGCCAGAGAAAGAAAGUCGGAGCCGUAAAAACAUCCUCAUCUGAAAAUGAUCCUGGAGAGGCUUCUAAAGUCAGCCCCAAGCACAACAUCUGCAUGGUGUCAGACUUCUUCUAUCCAAAUAUGGGAGGGGUAGAAAGUCACAUUUACCAGCUUUCUCAGUGUCUGAUUGAAAAGGGACACAAAGUUGUGAUUGCCACGCACGCCUACGGCAGGAGGAAGGGCGUCCGGUAUCUGACCAACGGACUGAAGGUCUACUACCUGCCCCUGCAGGUGAUGUAUAACCAGUCCACAGCCACCACCUGCUUCCACAGUCUCCCGCUACUGCGCUGCGUGUUCGUCAGGGAACGCAUCACAGUGGUGCACGCACACAGUUCCUUCUCUGCCAUGGCCCACGAUGCACUUUUCCAUGCCAAAACGAUGGGCCUGAACACGGUGUUCACUGACCAUUCCCUCUUUGGCUUUGCUGAUGUCAGCUCCGUGCUGACCAACAAGCUCUUAACAGUGUCGCUGUGUGACACCAACCACAUCGUGUGCGUCUCGUACACCAGCAAGGAGAACACAGUCCUGCGGGCUGCACUCAACCCAGAGAUCGUGUCUGUCAUUCCCAAUGCAGUGGACCCCACAGAUUUCACCCCGGACCCCUCACAGCGUCCCUCCGACCGGAUCACCAUCGUUGUCAUUAGUCGUCUUGUCUACCGUAAAGGAAUCGACCUGCUUGGAGGAAUAAUCCCAGAGCUCUGCCUCAAACAUCCCGAUCUCCAUUUCUUAAUUGGAGGCGAGGGACCGAAGAGAAUUGUGCUGGAGGAAGUGAGAGAAAAAUACCAGCUGCAUGACAGAGUACGUCUGCUUGGUGCUCUGGAGCAUAAAGACGUGCGUGGCGUCUUGGUUCAGGGUCACAUCUUCCUCAACACAUCGCUGACCGAGGCUUUCUGUAUGGCCAUUGUGGAGGGAGCUAGCUGUGGACUGCAGGUGGUAAGCACCCGUGUGGGAGGAAUUCCUGAGGUUUUACCGGAAGACCUGAUCACUCUGUGCGAACCAACUGUGAGCUCAUUGUGUAAGGGUUUGGAAAAAGUGAUUGCCAAGCAGAGGUCUGGCUCCUUUCCCUCACCCAACUCCACCCAUGCUAGGGUGAAGAACCUCUACACAUGGAGAAAUGUGGCUGAGAGGACCGAAAAGGUGUAUGACAGAGUGGCUGGAGAAGAGGUGCUCCCACUGGAGAAGAGGUUAUGGAGACUCAGGUCCCAUUGCGGCCCUGUGGCUGGCUCCAUCUUCGCCUUUGUGGCAGUGCUGGAUUUCCUGUUCCUUCUGCUCCUGCAGUGGUUGGUACCAGACCGGCACAUGGACUUUGCUGUGGAUGCCACAGGCCCAAAUGGAUUGUGGGUAAAGAAAAGACAAAAAAGUGAACCUGGUUGCUAAUGUACCAUGAAAAUGUACUUCAGAGACACAGAAGAGUAAAUAACGGCUGCUACACCUUCACCUGCUGACACGGUUGUAGGAGUGCAAACAACAUUAUUGUAAGAGCUACCUAAUGCUGAACACGCUCAGGAGAAUCCUUCGGUGUUUACGGCGUAUUAACAAAAGGGGAUAUGUUUUUAUUUUGACCAUUUAAUGAUUUAUACCCUCAUAAAGAUCAGUACAAAAAUCAUUUUCAAUUUCUUUGUGUUUCCCUUCUUAGGUGACAGACCUUGAUGUCAAUUUUUAACUGGUAUUCAUUUGAAGAUUUUCAUAUUUCUUCUAGUGCAAUAUUGCAUUAAUAAGCAGAAUAUUUAUGAACCUCAUUUUUUUUUCCUUCUCGACAUUUUACACUUCCCUCUUUUUUGUAAUCCUGGAUG